AUGGGUGAGCAAAAUACAGAAAUUUUGGAUGAAAUGAAAAAAUGUAAUUCAACAAAUAAUUAUAAUGAUCCAAGCGAUAUAGUGGUAACAUUGUACGACAAUUCACGUUAUGGUCUUCAAAUCAAAUUGUGUGAUGUCCAACAAUCUUUGUACGAUAAAUCAAAAAAACAAGAUCCCUCUGUGUUCCAAACAGAAAAGGAUAAUGCUCGCUAUCUUGGUGUGUGGAUAGAUUUCAAUGACGAUGGUAUGUUUGAUGAACGUACAGAAAGAUUAGUUCCCAACAGUUGGUAUAGAGAAGAUCCUAAAAUAACUCGAUAUAAUUUAACUAUAACUAUUCCAAAAAUUGAUGGUAAAGAUUACUUAAACGGGCAACAUCGGAUGCGUAUUGUUGUUUCACAAGAUAAAAGAAAUCGUAAACCAUGUCAAGCCAUUGGUUACGGCGAAGUGAGAGAUUACUCAGUACGUAUCAUACAGAAAGUUGCGUAUUGA